UGUUCAUUGUAUUAUCUUAAGCCAGAGAAAGAAUACACAUGUGCCAGAGAGCUAUUGGUCAGUAUUCUUGAAAUCUGAUGGGCAAAGAAAUAUAGCGGGAGAGCCCUGCUGAGUCCUCGAAGUGAAGAAGAAAAAGACUUGGGCCCUAGAAGGUAGUAGCAAAAAAAAGAUUUCCAAUGGGGAUUUAUUAUUUUUCCCUGAUGAAAUGAUGACUUUGGUCACCUCUGCCGUGUAGGAAAAAAAAGGUUCAUGGUAGACAGGGAAUACGCUGAAGUUCUUUUAGGGAAUCUUCUGCCUUGCGUAAUUUGAACAGGUUUUUUAAUUUUUCAGGUUUUCCUUUUAUUUUACUUUCUCUGCUUCAAGUAUUCCCAUUACUCACAAUUUAGGGACAAAGUGGAGUAAAAUGCAUGAAAGUAAUGAAGGAUAGGAGAGCUAGUAAGUCUGACAGCAUUCCACCUACAGGUUCCUAGCCAGUUCCCACCCCGGUGGAGGCAGGGAGGUCUGAGAUGGGGAAAACCAGGCUUUGCCCUGGCGGGUAGUUACUAUUAAAGACACAGUAGCCAGCAGCAGCAGCCGGGCAGUCUGUACGUGUGGCAGGCGGAGUGUCUCUGGCUGUGAGCAGUAGCAGAGAGGGGAGGGUCUGCGGCUUGGCGUAGCUGCAGCAGUCUCAGCGUCAGGCUGUGUAGUCUGUAUGUGUGAAUGUGUAUAUGUGUGUAAGCGAGUGUGGGUGCGUGCGUGUGUGCAUGCAUGCAUGUGUGUGUAGGGUGUGUGUGUGUGUAUGUAUAUGUCAAAGAAGGAGUCGCUUCCUGUCUGUCUUUCCGAGCUGAUUCUGCCAUCGCCGGUGAUUACCGUUGUUAUUAUCUUCCGAUCACCAGCACUAGCAGCCCACCACUGUUGGUGGUUCAGGCGGGGGAGGGAGAAAGUGAGACUCAGUGUCAUCACCAUCCUCUGGAUCUAUUGUCAGGAGAGGAAAUUGGAAUCAAACAGCAGCGAGAGGCAGCUGGGCGGUCACAUCUGGGAAUGCAAAAUCGACCUCCCCCUCCUCCCGUCUCACCCUGGAUCACUUCAGAAAGCACUUCUGCUUCAUCCCCUGCCUCAACCAGAGGUUUCAUUUUUAACUGAAUAUUUACGAAAACUGGAGGAGAAAGGGGGGUGGGGUGGGCUGGAAACAGAGACUGCUUUUUUUCCAGGGAUUUCUUUCAUGGGGAUGUGUUCAAGGCAAGAGAGAAUUCAGAAGGAUAUCGACAUUGUGAUACAGAAGUCCAAGGCAGAAAAGGACUGUCUGUUUGCAGAUUUCAGAUACUCAGACUCCACUUUUACUUUCACCUACGUUGGAGGCACCAAAAGUGUAUCCUAUUCAGUACAUGUAUCAGAAGAUUAUCCAGAUAAUACAUAUGUUUCAAGUUCAGACAAUGAUGAAGAUGUAUUAGUUACCACUGAGCCAAUUCCCAUAAUUUUCCAUCGAAUAGCAACAGAAUUAAAAAAAACCAAUGACAUUCCAUGUUGUUUAUCCAUAAAAUCAAAAUUACAAAAGGAAAAUGGAGAGGAGUCAAGACAAAAUAGUACAGUGGAAGAAGAUUCAGAAGGAGACAAUGAUUCUGAAGAAUUUUAUUAUGGAGGACAGGUGAACUAUGAUGGGGAACUUCACAAACACCCACAGCUGGAAGCUGAUUUGACAGCAGUGAGAGAAAUAUAUGGGCCUCAUGCAGUUUCUCUCAGGGAAUAUGGAGCCAUUGAUGAUGUAGAUAUUGAUCUGCAUAUUGAUGUUAGCUUUCUUGAUGAAGAGAUUGCAGUGGCUUGGGAUGUGAUUCGAACGGAGCCUAUAAUAGUCCGACUGCACUGUUCACUUACACAAUAUUUAAAUGGCCCAGUGCCUACUGUGGAUGUAUUUCAAAUUUCCACAAAAGAAAGAUUUGGAUUGGGACAUCAAUUAAAAAAAAUCAUGCAGACAUAUGUUACGCAGCAGUGGAAACAGAGCAAAGAAAAAUCCAACUGCACACACAAUAAGAAACUCUCAGAGAAGAAAGUGAAAUCCCCUCUUCACAUAUUUUCUACCUUGCGCAGGUCGCCGAGUUAUCCUCCCCCAGGUUGUGGUAAAAACAAAUCCAAACUGAAACCAGAGCAAGAUGGCAUCUCCAAGACUCACAAACUAUUACGGAGGACUUGUUCCAGCACAGUCAAGGCUGAGGAUGUGUGUGGGACCAAGUCCCACAGGACCUUUGGCCGCUCCCUGUCCAGUGACCCUCGGGCUGAGCAGGCUAUGACUAUUAAAUCGCACAAGCUGCUGAGCCGUCCCUGUGCUGCAGCUGUCAAACAGGAAGAGUGCAUCACUCUAAAGCCACACAAAUUAUUGACUCGAUCUUGUUCUGGGGAUCCUCGAUGUGAGCACAACAGUACUUUGAAGCCCCACAAACUACUAAGCAGGUCUUACUCCAGUAACCUGAGAAUGGAGGAACUAGAUGGGCUGAAGAAUCAUAAGUUACUCAGCAAGUCUCACCCCAGUGCCCCCAAGUCAUCCAAAACGGAGCUUUUCAAGGAACCUAUUGCAGAGGGCAGGAGACUCUCUCUUACCUCAGGGCUUAUUGGUAUCUUAACACCAUCUACAUCUUCAUCGCCCCAGACUGCUCCAAAUUAUAAUGCAAAAUGUAUUCCAGUACGAGACCGAGGUUUUCUAAUACAGACAAUUGAGUUUGCAGAGCAGCGGAUACCUGUACUAAAUGAAUACUGUGUAGUAUGCGAUGAACCCCAUGUGUUCCAAAACGGCCCCAUGUUACGGCCUACUGUAUGUGAACGUGAACUAUGUGUAUUUGCUUUCCAAACUCUUGGAGUAAUGAAUGAAGCUGCUGAUGAAAUAGCAACUGGGGCUCAGGUGGUAGAUCUGCUUGUGUCUAUGUGUCGAUCUGCCUUGGAAUCUCCCAGGAAAGUGGUUAUUUUUGAGCCAUAUCCAUCUGUGGUAGAUCCUAAUGAUCCUCAAAUGCUGGCCUUCAAUCCUAGGAAGAAAAACUAUGACCGAGUAAUGAAAGCAUUGGAUAGUAUUACAUCUAUUAGAGAAAUGACCCAGGCACCAUAUUUGGAAAUCAAGAAACAGAUGGAUAAACAGGACCCCCUUGCUCAUCCUCUAUUGCAAUGGGUUAUUUCAAGUAAUAGGUCGCAUAUUGUGAAACUGCCAGUUAACCGGCAAUUGAAGUUCAUGCACACUCCCCAUCAAUUCCUCCUUCUCAGCAGUCCACCAGCCAAAGAAUCCCAUUUUAGAGCUGCUAAAAAACUUUUUGGAAGUACCUUUGCAUUUCAUGGUUCCCACAUUGAAAACUGGCACUCCAUCCUGAGGAAUGGCUUGGUUGUUGCUUCAAAUACACGGCUACAGCUCCAUGGUGCAAUGUAUGGGAGUGGAAUAUAUCUUAGUCCAUUGUCAAGCAUAUCAUUUGGUUACUCAGGGAUGAACAAGAAACAGAAGGUGUCAGCCAAGGAUGAGCCAGCUUCCAACAGUAAAGGCAGUAAUACAUUGCAGUCACAGAAAAAAGGACAGCAAUCCCAGUUCUUGCAAAGCCGUAACUUAAAAUGCAUAGCCUUAUGUGAAGUGAUAACAUCACCAGAUCUGCACAAGCAUGGAGAGAUAUGGGUUGUUCCAAACACUGAUCAUGUCUGUACAAGAUUCUUCUUUGUUUAUGAAGAUGGUCAAGUAGGAGAUACAAGCAUUAACACUCAAGAAGGAGGCAUUCAUAAAGAAAUUCUCCGGGUAAUUGGUAACCAAACUGCGACUGGAUAAUGGACCACUGUGGUUUCACUACCUUGAUUUGAAAGCCUUCCUCGGUUUCAAAGCUGGAUUUUGAACUGAAGAAGAUGAAAAAAAAAUGUUAUUAUAAACCAAAUUAACCCUUUGAAUACUGAUUUUUUUCUUAGUCUUUCUAAGUCUCAUUGAAAUACCUAAAAUGGUAUGCAAUUUACCAAUUGUAGGGAUAUGGAAUCUAAUAAUAAAAUUCAACAGCACUUAAACAAACGUUUGGGCUGCUCAUAAUAAAAAGAUUUAAAAAGGAGUUUUGUGCUGAUAUUUUUAUAUUAAACUCUGUAAUUGGACAUUUUGGUAUUAUAUACCGUCAUUUUAAAUUUAGGUUAACCAAAAUAGAACAAAGAGAGAAUAUUUUAUAAUGGAGCUUACAUCUGUACAGGAUACUUUGCAAUAAGCAUUAUGUUUGUACAUUCUAAUGUACUAUAUUUAUUAGUACUAUGGGAUAUUAGAAUGUCAUGGAAGAGAUGUUACUUAUCCUAGUUUUUUGUUUUCUAAUACAAAAAAUAACUAGGAUUUAGAUGCAGUUCCUUGCCAAAAAAAAGUAAGACUAUAAGAUUAUAUGUUUUGCAUUUAUAUGCAUAUAUGUGUGUGUAUAUAAAUAUGAAUAUACAUGUAUCCCAUACAUGCACACACAUAUAUGUGACCACACUGAUGGUGCAAAUCUAGGAUCCUAUCCUCAUCCUGUACGAAGACAUAAACUUCAAUAAUCAGUAAAUCUGGAUCUAAACAAGAUAUGAGCCAACUCCUAGACCCUUCAUUGGAAUUAUGAGUAACUUUUCAUUAAAAAUAUGUGUACAAUUUUUCUAUUUGCACAUGUUUUAUAUAACAGGCUAAAGAAAUAUUGUACAUAUUCAGCUCCCAAUAUGUCAAGUUCAUCAUUUAAAUUUCACCACCAUUUUGGGGGUAUUGCUAAAUUUCUAUAUGAAUUAAAUAUAAUAUUUAAUACAAAAUUUAAAGAUCAGUUAUUCAAAAUCAAUCCCUAAAAAUUGCAGUAUUUUUUUUUAAUUUUUCAUUUCCUACCCUGGAAAUGGAGGCAGUGUUGGUCAAUGGAAAGAGCACUGAGCUAGAUUACAGGAAGUUUGGUUUCUAGUCUUGGUCCCAUCUCUAUCUUGGUGACCUUGGAUAUCAGUUUCUUCAACCAGAAAAUGGGAUUAGAUGGAACUAAAUGAUCCCUAAGAUUCCUUCAAUCUCUGAUGUUAUAUGAUUCUAUUUUUUAAACUAUUAUAUCUUUGUGUUAUAUCAGAUUUUUUACAUUUUCCAUCUUAACUUAUUUUUUUCAUAUUGAGAAAGAAGACAUUAAAGCUUCUUUUAUAUUAAAAGAAAGCCAAUGAGUUUAUAAAUUACAGUAUUCAUUCAAACACCAGCUUUCUAAGAGUCACAUGCUUAUGAAAUUAUGCCUCUUUUCUUAUGCCCCAGCAUUCAUUGUGGAACUUAAUUGAUAGCAUUCUGUUUCCUAAGGGAUCUUUGUGGAAUCAGUCUCUUCCUGUCAGCACUUACACUUAUGGGACUGUCAUGCACUUCUGAGCCUGGAAUCUAGAUUUAUAUCUAAUAUUAGUUCAUUAACAUAAACAUGACUAUACACCCCACCCAUCCCUAUAUAUCAACUAUCAGUCAUUUAUAAGUCUGAUCCAACAAAAUCUCAUUUGAAAUUGCCUGUGUUGGGCAUUUAAGAGAUUAGGAAAACUAUCAUACACACAUGAAUUUGAGCAUUAAAAAUUAUUCUACAGUUUGGAUAUAUUGAACAUAAUGAUAGCAUCUGCUUGCACCUGGUAACUGUUGAUCUUUGCUAUCUUAUACCUUUGGACUCAUGCUAUAUCUAGGAAUAAAAAUUCCCUGUAGAGGAAGGAGAUGAAUACUUGAUGUAAAUGAGUUCAUUUGGAGUAUUUCUGCAGAGUAAAAUAAGGCUCUGCAUGUUUUUAUGUAUCCUUUCCAAGUCAUCAAGAAAAUCCAUGUUUUACCUGCACAAUUUCAGUGAUAUAUAAAAAAGACUAAAUUAGUAUUGGAAUAUGAAAUAUAUUUUGUAAACCCCUGGAAAAGAGAAUCCAUACAGUAUAGAAAUUACAAAGGUAACAUAUGAAGAAAAAGUAGUUGUUAUGUUUAAUGCUAAAUGAUAGUAUAACACAAUCUUUCUUUUAUCAUAUUAAGCUUAAAAUAUGGUCUUAAUGGGGGGAAAAGCAAUCCUUUCCCAUUAUAGGGGAUGACUUUAGCAGUCUGAUAUUGUAGAUAGGACUAAAUUUUAAGUGAUGAGAUAGGAGAAUUAUUUAGUUGAACCUUUCUGGGCAAAGUAUCUAAGCAGAACUCAUUUUCAAUUAUUAAUUUCCAAAUUUUAUAUCUAUUUAUCUAUCUAUUUAGAUAGAUAGAUUUGUUGACAUUACAGCCCAGUGAUAAAGACAGUGUCACUGUUUUUUUUUUUUUUUUGCCAAACCAUAUUGAUUUAGGAAAUAUUGUAACUCAGACAUCCAGGGGAUUAUCUAUCAACUUUAAUAUUCAACAGAUUAAAUACUAUGGUUAUUUCUCAAUUCAGUAGCCCAAUUUUACAAUAUUUGUUGAGUACUGAGACUUGUUCAAUGACUCUAGGUUUUAAUACUGUAAUAGUGUUUUUUUCUUAAUUACUUGAAAAUUGUUUACUGAUGCUGUAUGAUUAUUAUAUUAAUUUUGUACACCUUGAUACUAAAGAAGAAUCCACUGAACAAACUAAUAAUUUUCUUUCAUGAGGAUGUGGUCAGGUACAGGAAGUAGAAUACAGAGGACAAGGAAAGGAACUGGUUUAAAGAAUCUACUUUCUCCUUAACUUUAUUUGUAAACAUUUUACUACUUAGAUAAAUGUUCUUUUAUGACAUGACAAGGAAAGAAAUAUAUUUGUGCUGUAUUUGAAAAGUGUGAAAAGUAAUAAUGUACUUAUUGUCUGUUUAAUUGCAAUUGGCCAAUUACAUUUUAAAGGAAAGGGUCUUUGUUUUUGUUUUAGUGGUGGUUGGCUUUGGUAAAUUGUUUAAACAAGUUAAAGGUUUUUUUUUAAUUAAAAUUUGAGAUAAAUACAUACAAUUUUACAUCCUUACUUAUUGUCAAGUAAUUUUUAAUCGCUAAGAUCAAUCCUAACACUUUCAUUUCACACAGUAGAUAUUUGUCACAAGAAUCUUAAAAAACUUAAAAGAGUAAAUUCUUCAAUUUUCUUCUCCUCUGGCAAAAGUAAACAGCACUAAACAUGCACAGUUUUCAACAUUCAAUGAGUAUGAUUGAAUAUAUUUUAGAAUUUUGAAAUGCAAUUAAUAUAAUGUUGUUAAACAGAGCAUAGAGGCUAAGGGGACAGAAGAUUCAAGGGCCAACAUUCACAAUCCUUGUUAAGGAAUUUGCGUGAUUUCAUUUGUCUAUAAUUUGGUGUAUCAUAAAUUUUAACUUGACCCUAUGACUUCAUUCCCCUGAAUGGAUAUCAAUGUCAAGUUGUUACUUUCAGCAUUUUGAAACUAAUGACUCAAAAAAAUUAUGGUGUAAAUCUGUCUUGACUGAAUAUUUCAUUACAACACUACCUCAGGAUAAAAGAGAGGCCAAUGUUUUAUAGGAAAAUAUUUCUCCUAUAUAAGGAGCAAGAAGAAUAUCAUAAAUUGGAGGAAAUCAUCUACUGCUUUGUAAUGCAGCCAUUCAUGGGCAAAGGAAUAAUUAAUUUUGCCCCUCUUAAGCUCUUGAGUAUACAGUGAGUUUCCUGUUUAAGACACUAAUGUCCAAAAACAGAGAAGUUCAAAUUAAAAACUAAUAAUUCCCUGGUUACACUAGCUUUUUACAUUGACUGGUUUUCUAAAACCUUGCUGAAACUUCAAUCUCUGAAGGUGAAAAUUAGGAGGAGUAAAAUGGGCAACUUGUGUCAGUUGUCCAACUGAAGUUUCAAACUUUUGGGACAGUUAAUUCCUAGUGAUUUUUAUUUUUUGUCAGAGUAUAGAAUUGAUGUAUAUUAUUACCCAAACAAUAUUUCUUUGAAGUUUUGUAUACAGUAUGAUAUAUUAGGUAUAAGUUUUUGUAGGUCAAAAGAAUUUAAGUAGCUUUUAGACAAAACAUAUCUAGAGUGUGAAAAAGCUGUGUUGAAGAAUAGAUGACAUUAAACAUUUACCAGCAAGUCAAUAAAUGUAAUCCUGAUACAUUCAACAUAAUUUAAUGUUCUAAAAUUAUUUUCUUCAAUUUGCCCAAUAUUUACUGUAUCUUUUGAUUAAAAAAAUAGUCAUUCUUUUAUGUAAACAUUAAGAUAUGCCUCUGUUUCUUUAACUAUACAGCCUUCUUGACAAAUUUCUUGAAUUUUGUGCACAAAAUAGUAUUGCAGCCUGCUAUUUAGCCUCUGGUGCCUUAGAAUUAUUAUAAAUAUUUAACAAUAUGUAUAUAAUGUAAAUACUGCCAAAAGAUCACUAAGGCCAAAUAUUUUCUCUAUCACUUUUUAUGGCACUUGCUUUCUAUUGCUACUUUAGCCUCUUUUAUCCAGCUUUGUAACGGUUAUAACAUUGUAGCCAAUGUAAAUGUUUACUUUCAAUAAAUCUGAAUUUGUUCAACAA